GGCCACCAUUAGAAAUAAUGGACGACCCAGCAGGCUCAAAAACACACCUCACAUGGGCUAAUGUUGGUCUAGGAUUCGCCUUCGUCGCCUUCGACGCGAUAAUUUCGCGUCUAUUCGGUCUCGGAGUUGGCGUGCCACUCAUAACGGCCGCUGUACGAUGUGUUAUCCAGCUCGCUAUCAUGGCGCUUGUCCUCCAGAAGAUAUUUGAGGCUGAUAAUCCGUGGGGAGUUGCGGGAAUCGCACUCCUGCUCAACUUGCUGGGAACCAUCGAAGUUGUUGUGAAUAAGGCGAAGAUGCGCUUUGACAACAUGUUUUUGAUUGUUUUAUUUAGCAUGGUUUGUUCGACGAUUCCGGUGUCUAUCCUCGGUGCAAGUUUCGCCAUGUCUAUCGAACCUUUCUGGAAGCCAGACCAAUACAUUCCGAUCGUAGGAAUGCUUUGUGGCGCAACUAUAGCAGGAGUGGUCAUCACUUUGAAUUUCGUUCUGAAGGAAAUAUACGAGAACCGCGACAAAGUUGAAACCUACCUCGCCUUCGGCGCGUCGCGUUUAGAAGCAUGUCAGCCUGUUGCAAAGGAAGCUCUACGCCUGGCACUCACUCCCCCCAUAAAUCAAAUGAGUGUUCUAGGCAUCAUAGCGAUUCCAGGGAUGAUGACCGGAGCGCUCCUCGGCGGUGCGCCGGUUCAACAAGCCGCAAGGCUCCAAAUGGUGAUUAUGUUUAUGAUUGCUGCUGCGAGUGCGUUAGCGGCGAUACUUGUGACUGUUGUUGCGCUUGGGACUGUUGUGGAUGAUGAGCAGAGGGUGAGGGCUGGGAGGGUUGAUGUGAGGAAGCAUUGGGUGUGGAGGAUGAGGGAGAGGGGGUGGGAGUGGGGGGUUGGGAAGGUUAAGGGGAUUGGGGAGGGGAUGAGGGUGAGGGUUGGAUUGAGGAAGGGGGGUGGGAAUGGAGAAAGGGUGGAGGAUGGGGCGGGGGAAGAGAGGAACGGGUUACUUGGUUGA